AAUAGGAGUGCUAUUCGCCAUUGAGCAUUUUAAAGCAAUCUGACUAAUACAUUAAUUUGUUUUAUCGAUUUUAAGCGUCGGAAGGAACCUGUCGCCUCCCUGUAGCUUCGCUAUAAAGCCACGAGCGCGAGUCAGUGCUGUCACGGAAGACACAGAGAAGAAGUGUGUUUAUACGCGGAGGAACACCGUACUACAUACUCAACCUUUAGCUUGCGUUUUAUACUUUAAAGUGUUUUAGGAAAAGAAAAGGAAAGUUACUGGGUGCAACAUGAAAUUUAUUUUACCUUCUGUAGUGAUUUUCUUUGUUUUGUGCCAAGUUUUUGGAGAAGAAUCGGGUCCAAAAGAAGACCUUGAUUACUGGACAAGCAGCAAUCAGAUACAGGAUGACUGGCUUCAGGCGGAUCCCUUCAGAGAGAUACUGAGACGUAUGACGAGGAAACCCCGGCCUCAUCAGUUCAUUGGUCUGAUGGGCAAACGGUCCCCUGCAAAUGCACAGAUUACACGAAAAAGGCAUAAAAUCAAUUCUUUUGUGGGGCUGAUGGGUAAAAGAAGCCAAGAGGAGCCAGAAUCAUAUGAAUGGGGAACAGUACAGUUGUACGACAAAAGGCGUUAAAAUGGAUCAUCGUCACAUCCGCUUCCUAAAGGAUCAUUUCAUUCUCUGAUAGCCAUUGAUUUUUAUUUUUUAUUCAGGUCAGAAAUAAUAAUAAUAAUAAUAAAGUCUUAUUUUACAUUGUUUUAAUAUGGCCGAGUCGCACCUGUGUCAGUUUAUUUACGUCAUUUAGAAAGGAUCAGACUCUUUAAUACUGUCCAGCUGUGAUCAAACGUGUUUCUGUCACAACACAUGGAGCAUUAAAGCAAAGCGGUGUCCUUUCUAAGGUUCUCAGAGAUUUGUGCUGACAGUGUCAAUACAUAGUGCCUCAUAGUGUUUUCACCAUGACUGAUGAUGUUGUAUAAUAGCGCCAGUCCGGGUGUGGUGUCCUGUCACUGCUACAAGCAAAGGUUUUGCUAUCUUGAUAUCUCUGUGUGAUUGUAGCUGAAUAUUAAAAAUAUUUUCUUUA